AUUACGGCCUCUGUGCCCCCUUCGCUUUCCUACGUCUCCCACACCAACAGAGCUGGCCUCCACCCCCCAAAAGUUCACCAACACCAUAAUCUAUAAUAUCUCCUGUGUGCCCAAGCAAGGCACAGCACUCACCAUGUCCACUCUGGCAGCGGAUGUCACCUUUGACUUUACCUUCCCACCACCAUGCGGCCCUGUUACCCCUCCGAGCUUCUCUUUUGAUCCCUCUCUCCUUGAAAUCCCCUACCAUCCUGGUCAUGCUCGCUCCAGCUCGCAUGGAUCCGUCUACUCCUUCGAGUCGUCGCCCUCCGACUCGAUCACCACCACCAGCACUCGGAGGACCACACCCAUGCGGUCUCCCAUCCGGACUCACGGCCCACUGCUUCUUCCAAAGAUCCGGUCCCAGGAUCAGGCGAUCGGCCCGUCAGCUUCGGGUGCUUCGCCCCCUAAGCGCAUGAGGACGUCGCCCGCUCCGUCUGCACGGAGGAAUAGUCGAAAUGUCGCCUCGGGUCAUACGCGCAGCUACACAAACCCGGAGACCAUCUCCUUCUCAGCACCGCUGUCCUUCUCCGAAGAGCGCUCGGGCACUCCCAGCCUCCUCUGCUCCCCGGUCAGCUUUGCGCCGGCGCUAGAUGCGUCAGCUUGCCACUCUCGUCGCGCAUCGACAUGCAGCCUGGAUAAUGCCACCAUUGAAAAAUACGGCUUCCCCACCUACCGGAACGUGCCCGCAUACGUCUCCGGCCCCGGUGGCAACUGCACGGCCGCCCCUCAACCCCAGCAACAGCUUUCCCAGGCCGAGCCCUUCCUCUACCAACCCUACGCGCCGCGUGCUCCAUCUCCGUUGGCUCACGCCUCGAUGUCGCCAGAGCCCACUCCAACGACGACCCUCAUGACUUACCUGACGUCGCCCAACCCGGCCCCGUCUCUGGUCCGCACCAUCUCCUUCCCGCUGCGCGAUCCCCACACGAGACAUUUCUGGUGGGAUGUUCGGCAAAUCCGGCCGUGGAGCUCCUUCAACGCCUCCACCAUCCUCUCCCUCCCCCGCGCGGCCUCGCUGCCCUGCCCCGUCCCGGCGCCCCUCCUCCCAACGCCGGCGACGGCACAGCGGCACCCCGAGACCGAGGCGGCGCUGCACUCCAUGUACGCCUCGUACUACCUGCCCAAGCUCAACUCGGCGCUGGCGCUCUCGUCCACGCGGCCGCUGCAGCUGUCGGUCCCGAGCAAGGCGGCCAGCCCGGCCAGCAGCGGCAUGGCGAGCGACUGUAUGUUCGUGGCCAACGUGGCGGGCGAGUCGGCGUCGGCGGCGGCCAUCUUCGGCGGAAAGCCGACGGCGCAUGUGGUGGGGCUUGUCAAGAGCUUCGACCGGUUCAACACGGGCAUGCGCGUCGAGGGCAACGUCAAGCGCGUCGAGUACCUGCGCGGGCUGUCGCACCUGCACCACGCCAUGCGCGAGCACGGCUGCCGCUACGGCUUCAUCCUGACCGAGAUCGAGCUGGUCGUCGUCCGCAACGGCGGCGAGUCGGUCCCGCACUUUGGCUACCUCGAGGUCAGCAGCGUGCAGCUGGCCAAGGCGGCCAGCCCUGCCGACGACGACGAGAUCCUUGGCAGCGAGGUGCCGGACCUCACGGCCUGCCUCGCUCUCUGGGGCCUGUGCAUGCUCGCGGGCGACGACGAGCCGUCGCCGGGUCAGGCGCACUGGCGCGCCGAGAUCGGGGCCCCGGCCGAGGGGACGCGGCGCAAGGCGAUCGCGCGCGACGGCUGGAUGCCGCAGCCGCAGCUGGCGGAGAAGCGCGAGGCCAAGCGAGCGAGGGGCUGGGUUUUCCCCGAGGACCCCGUCGGCCGGAAGGAGCUGGGCAAGAGAGGCGUGCGCUAUGGGGCGUGCUGAGUGAGAAAUCGGAUCGCUCUGACCAUGCAUGCUCGCUUCUGACCUUUAAUCCCGGAUGGGGAGUGGGACGGACGGGGCGUGAGUUUGGACAACACUGGCUGGAUCCAGGGUCUGUUGUGAACUCUUGCGUCACGGUAUUUUUUUUUGGGGGGGGUCGCAUUG